AUGAAAUCAGCAACGUCUGAGAAUCUGUGCCGUCGAUUUUCACUUGCUGAACUCAACUUAGCAACCAAAGACUUCAGCGAGGAGCGUGUGAUUGGAAAGGGUGGUUUUGGUAGAGUCUACAAAGGCUUCAUUUCUAAUAGGCCACCUGCUGUAGCCAUAAAGCGUCGGCUGUCAUCGGAUCCUACCCAAGGGCAGGCGGAGUUUGCUGCAGAGAUUGAAACACUAAGUAAGUUCCGACAUCGUAAUCUAGUAUCUCUUAUUGGGUACUGUGAUGAACAAGGAGAGAUGAUUCUUGCUUAUGACUACAUGUCUAAUGGAACGCUAGCAGAUUACCUCUACAACUCAUCGGAGAAUAGUGAUGGUGUUUCGACUUUCUCGUGGAAUCAAAGACUUAAGAUAUGUAUUGGAGCGGGGCGAGGUCUGGACUAUCUUCACUCUGGUUGCUCCAUCAUACAUCGCGAUGUCAAGCCUACAAACAUCCUUUUGGAUAAAAGUUUCACAGCUAAGGUUUCAGAUUUUGGAUUGGCCAAACACUUGGGCCAAAAUUUGUUACAGAGCCAUGUCAUAACAAAUGUUAAGGGUUCGUUUGGUUAUUUUGACCCGAGUUAUUUUACCACUGGUAGACUUACAAGGGCAAGUGACACUUAUGCGUUUGGGAUAAUAUUGUUGGAGGUAUUGAGUGGGAGACGAGCAGUUGAGGAGAAGCUUGCAGAGGAUGAGGUGUGUAUGAGCAUAUGGGCUCAAGAUAAAAUUCGGAAUGGAAAAGCUGACCAGAUUGUAGCUUCAAAUUUGAAAGGAGAUAUCUCAGAAGAUUGCCUCAAGACAUUCGUUGGGAUUGUUAAAAGAUGUUUGCAUAGUGAUCCCAAGAAACGACUCACGAUGACUCGAGUUGUUGCACAACUCGAGUUGGCCCUUGAACAACAGGAGAGGAAAAGGACGACAACACAGAAAUUACAAUUUUGGCCAUUUCAGAAUCGAGCUGGAUCAACAUCGAAGGCAGUCCCUUCCAUUGAAGAAGAUGCUGAUGCUAAUAAGAAGCAAAUUGCAGUUUCCGCAGCUGAUAUAUUGGACAUGACUCAUAAUUUUAGUACCAAGUGUUUGAAAACAGGACAGGAUGUAGCAAUCAAAAGGCUCAACAAGAAGUUCCUAGAUUCUGAAUUUCUUGCACAGAUUUCAGCACUAAUUAAGAUGAAGCAUGAAAAUGUGGUUGAGCUACUUGCUUUUUGUGUGGAUGGUGAUACACAAGUCUUGGUGUAUGAGUAUGCACCACACGGGUCCCUACAUGACAUUCUUCAUGGAGGUCAGGCAUUAACAUGGUCCCAGAGAAUCAAAAUUGCGGUUGGAGUUGCAAGGGGAUUGUGCUACAUUCACGAUCAUAAAUUGAUUCAUCGGAACAUCAAAUCAAGCAAUGUUUUAGUUUUUGAAGAUGAGAAUGCUAAGAUAACUGAUCUUCAUCCGUCAACUCAAUGUUCUUGCAAGGAGUCUUAUUUUGAAGAGCUCCAUCCUUAUCACCUCAUCUCUAAAAGUGAUUAUCAUCCCCCAGAAUGUAUUGGGGGCAUUGUAAAAAGAAAGAGUGAUGUUUACAGUUUUGGUGUGGUUCUACUCGAACUAUUGACAGGUAGAAAACCAUUUGAUCAGACGCGAAGUAAGGGGCAGGAGCACCUUGUGUUGUGGGCAAAACCACAGCUUGGUUCGGACAAGGUACAUGAGAUUGUCGAUGCUGAACUUGAAGCAGACUACUCCAGCACGGAAGCUAAAAGGAUGGCAGAAAUUGCUGAUUUAUGCCUUGAUUUUCAACCUGGUAACCGUCCGAAUAUGAAGUAUGUUUUAAAAUCUCUUGAACGACUUCUGUCACCACAAGACUCAGAGUUGAAAGUAACUGGGAUUAUAUAAUCAUCAUGCUUUGUAUAUGGCCUUCUUAUUUUGAAGAGGUAUAUAUAUGCUGCAGUAAUGAGUCCAUUUUCAGCAAUCAUUUACCAAAUC